GAGAAAUCCCGCGGUUUCCCACUCGCUACAGAUAAUUUUCAACCCACCAACUUCUCCUCCAAAAUAAUAAUAAAAAUAAAAAACCCUAAAAAAUCCCCAAUAAACCUCGAACCCCAUCAAGAUCGAUCAAAUUCAACCAAGAUGGGCCACGGGAGCUCAAGGUACACCGCCGAUCAAGAGAUCCAAGACCCAAAACCCUCUCGCCGGGCUCGAAUUCGGAGGCGGCUGAGGCUGCACCGGCGCAAAUCCGAUCCGAACAAGUUCACCACCUUCGCAGCCGCGGAUUUCGCCGGAAUUGUACGAAUAGAGAUCGUGAAGGCGGAGAUGAAGUUUAAGGAUCGGUGGCUGGCUUGCUUGUCGCUUGGGGAGCGGACGUAUCGGACCGAAAUUUCGGAAUGUACAGACAAGCCUGUUUGGAAAUCGGAAAAGAAAGUUGUACUGGAAAGCAAUGGUCCUCAUAUGGCACGGAUAUCGGUGUUUGAGACAAAUAGGCUAUCUAAGAACAACUUGGUUGGGUAUUGUGAAAUCGAUCUCAUGGAAGUUCUCAGUCAAGAUUCGGAGGAUAACCUUGAGGUUAUUAACUUGUUGGAUGUAUCUUCACCUAGCAAAACCGUUGGUAGUAUAUCAGUUAUUUGUUAUUUUGAGGAUCCAAUUGAAACAGAGAAGUACUUUUCCAGACGUCUCUUAGCUAUAAUGGACAAUAAUGGAGAUGGAAAGCUUACAUUUUCCGAGUUUACUGACUUGAUCAAUGCAUUUGGUAAUCAAGUGGCAGCAGCAAAGAAAGAAUAUCUUUUCAAGAAAGCAGACGAGAAUGGUGAUGGUUUCGUCGAUAUUGAUGAGUUGGCAACCCUUCUUGCAGUUCAACAAGAACACGAGUCACUUAUCAGUAACUGUCCUGUUUGUGGUGAGAUUCUUGGGAAGUUUGAUAAGAUGAAUGCUAUAAUUCAUUUGACUUUAUGUUUCGAUGAGGGAACUGGAAAUCAGGUGAUGACAGGAGGAUUUUUGACAGAUAAACAGGCUUCUUAUGGGUGGAUCCUAAAACUAAGUGAAUGGACUCAUUUCUCAUCCUAUGAUGUUGGGCUGAAAUAUGGAUCUAGUUCCUCACAUAUUUUGAUUUUUGAUCGAAGAACAAAGAGAUUAGUUGAAGAAAUCAUAGAUGGGAAAAUUAUUUUGUCCAUGAGAGCUAUUUACCAAUCAAAAGUAGGGCUCACCCUAAUCGAUAAAGGGUCCAAAGAUCUUCUAAAAAGCAUUUCUGAGAAGCAAGGAAGGAAGAUGAAUUCACUUGAAUCUGCUAAAGACAUACCCAAGUUCAUCGAUUUCUUUAAGGAUCAGAUCAACCUGGAUGAAAUUAAAUAUCCGCUGGAACGCUUCAAGACAUUUAAUGAAUUUUUUAUAAGAGAGUUGAAGCAUGGUUCAAGGCCAAUUGCAUUCAAGGAGCGUGAUGAUAUUGCUGUUUGCGCAGCGGAUUGCCGUCUCACGGCAUUCAAAACAGUUGAUGAUAGUAUAAGGUUUUGGAUCAAGGGCCGCAAGUUUUCAAUGCAAGGUCUUUUGGGGAAAGAUAUCUGCUCCAGUGAAUUUAACCAUGGAUCUUUGGUGAUUUUUCGACUGGCGCCACAGGAUUACCAUCGUUUCCAUUCUCCAGUUUCUGGGGUUGUGGAAUCCUUUGUGGAAAUUCCAGGAUCUUUGUACACUGUUAAUCCAAUUGCUGUAAAUAGCAAAUAUUGCAAUGUUUUCACCGAGAAUAAACGAGUUGUAUCUGUCAUUUCAACUUCAGAGUUUGGGAAGGUAGCAUUUGUUGCAAUAGGAGCAACAAUGGUAGGAAGCAUCACGUUCACUAGAGAAAAGGGUGACUACAUCCAUAAAGGAGACGAGUUUGGAUAUUUCUCGUUUGGGGGGAGCACUGUUAUAUGCGUAUUUGAAAAGGAUGCAAUUCAAAUAGACGAGGAUCUUAUUUCAAACAGUGAAAGAUCCCUCGAAACGCUAGUUUAUGUAGGUAUGAGAUUGGGUGUAGUUUCGAAGAGGGCACAGGCCGUGAAAGAUAUAUCAAGAUUGGAGCAGUGCAAGCUGGAAGAAUGACGCUGUGUACUGAUUGGAUGGAUUUUUUUUUUUUUUUUGUAUAAAAUAAAACUUCAUAAACAUUUUUCUGCAAUUCCCUCUGCAGAGUAGGGGGGUGCAUAUUAAUGUAUAUUGUACCGAUACAGCUAAGGAGGACGAUGGGAAUGCGAUUAUUUUAACCGUAGGUUUAUGUAUGAAGCUAAUCUACUGUCGUAAUUGUUAAUAGAAUUGCAUAAACCGUUACUUA